AUAUUCAAGGCUCGAAUUCGAAACCUUGAUUAAGAAGCGAGAGACCCUUAACCACUCACGUCAAAUCCAGUUGGUAUAAACCGAGUAAAUAUAGUAGUAUUAUUUAAGAGUGUUGCAACUUCCUUCCUUUGCACCCACACCCAGAUCAUAAGGUGAGAUAAUAAAUGAGAGACGUACAAUUGAGUAAAGUUUAAACUAAAAAAAGGUGGCACCAAAAAUCCCAUCUUCAUAUACUCUUUCAUUAUAUUUUAUUUCUCUACAUAAAUAUCAUAUACUAUAUAGAAACAGAGGAAAUAUUGAAGAAAGGUGGCCCAAACUUUUAUGAUUUUCAUGAGAUCUGUUAUGGCUUCUUCUUCUUCAUCAUCUCAACUUUUUCUUCUCUUUUUCUUCAUUAUUUCAGGCUUAGUCCAACAAAUUCAAGGCCUAGAAGUGGGAAUAAAUUAUGGGCAAAUAGCCAACAACCUACCAUCACCAAGCCGGGUAGCCAUCCUUCUACAAUCCAUCCAAGUACACCGGGUCAAGCUCUAUGAUGCUGACCCGAAUGUCCUUUUAGCAUUCGCCAACUCGAAUGUCGAGUUCACAAUCGGGCUUGGUAACGAGUACCUCUACAACAUGACCGAUCUUUCUAAGGCUCAAGCUUGGAUUCAAACUCGUGUCCAACCUUAUAUUAGUCGAACCAAAAUUACUUGCAUUGUAGUAGGUAACGAGGUUUUUGAUGGGGGUGACACACAACUAAUGUCUUAUGUAUUCCCCGCGAUGCGAAAUGUCUAUUUUGCCCUUAAAGCUUUUGGUCUAACUGACCAAGUUACUGUCACUACUGCCCAUUCCACAGCCAUUUUGGCAAAUUCGUACCCUCCAUCAUCCGGAUCAUUUAAACCUCAAUUUGCUCAAUAUCUCCAACCUAUGGUGAACUUUCAAUCACAAAUUAAAUCCCCAUUUUUAAUCAAUGCGUACCCGUUUUUCGCCUAUAAGGAUAGCCCGAAUGACAUAUCCUUGGAUUAUGUCCUUUUUAGGCCUAAUCAAGGCUCAACUGAUCCGGCUACCAAUCUACAUUAUGAUAACAUGUUGUAUGCCCAACUUGAUGCUGUUUAUGCAGCUAUCAAACUAAUGGGUCAUACCGAUAUUGAGGUCCAUGUAUCGGAGACGGGUUGGCCUUCGAAAGGCGACCCGAAUGAGGUGGGUGCAACCAUCCAAAAUGCUGCAACCUAUAAUGGUAAUUUGUUGAAAAGGGUUGAAAGUAAAGAGGGUACACCUGGUAGGCCUAAUGUGCCUAUUAUUGUGUAUGUGUUUGCACUUUUUAAUGAGAAUUUGAAGCCUGGUCCUGCUUCUGAAAGGAAUUAUGGACUUUAUUAUCCUGAUACUAGCCCUGUUUAUAAUAUUGGGUUGCAAAAAAGCUAUCUUCCUCAGUUCUACAUCAAUUCUGGCAAUCAAAGGAGAUCAAUUUUGGAAUUGUGUACAUUUACAAUUUUGUCGAGCUUCCUAACGGCAUUUAUGAUAUUUUCUUGAGGAAUUUGUAUAUUUCAUUUAUAGUGAAAUUUGAGGAAACAAAUAUCGUCUCACUAACAGAAUUACUAUGCAUGGUUGGCCAUAUGGUGGUGUUCUAUUCAAUUUUGCUUACCCUCCCGGAACUGCAAUGCAGCUGAAAGGGAGGGUACAAUAUAGGAAGGCUUCAAUUUCCAAUACAUGUGAAUUAACAAGUACAGCAGAGGAGAUCAAUUAUUAUUUAUAUGAAUUUCAUCACCAGAUUCAUUGUUUAGUUUAGCAGACAUUAUUUUACUGGAAAGAAAUAAUAAUUAAGGUCCUUAAUUAGAAAUGCAGGUACUGUAAGAUUUAUUAAAAGAGUAACAAGUUGGUGUAGCAGAUAUAGUAAGCAAAUUAAUUCUUUUGGCAGAAAUUUUAUAAUGACACAGAUCAAACUUAGCUUUAGAUUAGGAUCUUACACCUUUUGAUUAAUACAUGUAAUAGACUAAUGUUGCAAAAAAGAUAGUGUUGUAUUUGUAAGUAUUUAUAAUUAAUUCAAUUUUUAUUGUUAUUA